UGCACGGCGCGUGACACCUCGUCGUUUCUGGUCUCAGAAGCGGAGCUGCGCGUGCGGUCUGUCUCUGAAGGCUACGUGGAAACUUCACCUGAGCGUCUAUGAUGGAAACCAGACAACAAGAGUUGUACUCUAGUGUUCUGAGUGAAGCAGUGCUGGACUGGGCCAGCUUGGGCCCAGGAGAGGAAUGGGUUGACCCAGCAACACAUGAAGGAGAGCUGGGUUUGGAUAAGUUUCACCGUGCCGGUGGUGAGGAAUCCAAUCGAAAGAGCUCAUAUGGGGAGGAUUUGGCCCCAUUGGUCCAAAAUGGGGAAAACCUAACAGACUGGGGUUACUCCUCGACUCAGAUGGAGGAGCAGUGGUCUCAUACAUCAGGGUGCCAGACUGACAGCUGGGCCAUGUCUACUACUUGGGACAUGCAGCUAGACAGCACAGAGAGAGGACGCCUCACUGCAGGUUUUCUAGACUCUCAGCCUCUGAGGGAGGCUGAUGAGGAUUUGGUGUCAGAAGUCAGCCUCAACAACACCAACAUAACAGAGGAGGAGAGAGAAGAGAUUCUGCAGGAGCUGACUAAAUUGGAAGAGGAAAUCAGCACACUGAAGCAGGUUUUGUUGUCCAAAGAGAAGCAGCACUCUGAGCUCAAACAGAAGCUGGGCAUCACUCCUCUCAGUGAGCUCAGGAACAACUUCAGCAGAAGCUGGCAUGACAUGCAGAGCACUACGGCAUACAAGAAGACAUCAGAGACGCUGUCCACCGCAGGACAGAAAACCUCAGCUGCUUUCAGCACCUUUGGGAGCGCCAUUACCAGAAAGUUUGGAGACAUGAGCAUGGCCGGUUUAGAGUUACUGUUUCCACGCAGGUCCAACUCAAUAGGAUACUCUGUCAGGCACUCUAUGAGCAUGCCUGCCAUGAGAAACUCACCCAGUUUCAAAUCCUUUGAAGAGAAAGUUGAAAACACUGUUACCACCAUCAAGACCAAAGUUGGAGGCACUGGGACCGGCGGCAGUUUCGAGGAGGUCCUCUCAUCUGCAGCCAACGCCAGCUCUCAGGACACGCCCACCAACAACCUGACUGACACCUCGGAGAGACCAUGCUAGGACUCCGUCUCGCUCCACUCACAGCACAUUGUUGUGGAUCUAUAGAAUUUAAGACCAAAGUGGAAAGCAGUGUUCUGAUUUUGCAGACAAGUCCUUACUAAAUCCUGCAAGUGCGAUGAAAUUGCUGGCAAUAUAAAUCUAUUUGCUUUUGCUUUAAUUUUUGGAAUCUGAU